AUGGCUCACCAGGAUAAAACAGAGCUUCUCUAUCUAAACGACGCCUCGCUACGAGAGUGGACAACUACAGUCCUCUCCUGUCAGCCGAUAUCGCAAUUAACAGAAAGCGAAAAGAAUCUGGCAAAGACAGUUGCGCCAGAAAGCUUCGCUCUCAUCACCCGUGAAACGGUGUUCUACCCACAAGGCGGAGGCCAGCCCAGCGAUACAGGCGUGAUUACUCUCGCAGACACAAGUAACGGCUCUACCUUCAAGGUUCUACUUGUCCGGAAAACCUUGGAUGGCACUGUUAUCCACCUGGGGGAGUUCACCGAUCAGCUCUGUUUUACGGACGGCCAGUUAGUCUCACAGGCCAUUGACUGGGCAAAACGCGACUACCACUCUCGACUCCAUACAGCAGGCCAUAUCAUCGGUCUGGCUAUGCGGCUUUUAGCCCCUGUGCUUGGGGAAAGGAAGAAGGUCAAGGCGAAUCAUGCGCCGGGGCAGGCCUGUAUGGAGUUCGAGGGCUUGCUUUAUACUGAGCAUAAGUCGGUUAUUGAGGAUAAAGUGAACGAAUUGGUAGGUAUGAACCUUCCUGUUACUACGGAGUGGUGGGAUGAAGAUCGCAUUCAAAAUGCCGACCUAAAUAUGGUGGAGGGCUUGCAGCUGGGGAAGAAUGGGCAGGCAAGGAUCGCCUUGAUUGGAGAUAUUGACGCCAAUCCGUGUGGUGGAACGCAUGUAGAACAUACUGGUUUGACCGGGUUUAUCACCAUUCGGAAGAUUGCGAGACAAAAGGGGGUCAGCAAGCUUUCUUAUGAGGUGCCUGUUUCGAUGUGA